UGAACCACGUCCAAGAAGACCACAUCCCUUUUUUGCUUCUCAAGUCCAGUUCGUUUGUUCAAAUCCCCAAAUCCCACCCCGAGCGUUUGGGGGUCUAGGCUAUAUAAACUCCCUCAGUCAGUAAAAAAAAUUAAACGAAAGUGGUGACGGAACGAGAAGAGCCAUGGCAUCUUUGGGGCUGCAGAUUUUAGGAGUUGCCCUGUCCUCUGUUGGGUUGCUUGGGUGUAUCAUGACCUGCGUCCUUCCAAUGUGGAGGGUUACAGCUUUCAUCGGCAACAACAUCGUGACGGCGCAGAUCAUUUGGGAGGGACUGUGGAUGUCCUGUGUGGUUCAGAGCACGGGACACAUGCAGUGCAAAGUGUACGAUUCAUUACUCGCCCUGUCCUCGGACCUGCAAGCCGCGCGCGCUUUGCUCGUCCUCUCCAUCGUGCUCUCUGUCUUCGGCAUUCUCCUGGCGGUCGUAGGAGGCAAGUGCACCACCUGCAUCGAGAACAAAACCACCAAGGCAAGAGUUGUCAUAUCUGCAGGUGUGUUUUUCCUCAUCAGUGGACUGCUGUGUCUCACACCCGUCUGCUGGUCGGCGCACACCAUCAUCCGGGACUUCUACAACCCGCUCUUGAUGGACGCGCAGAGACGGGAGCUCGGGGCGUCGCUCUACACGGGCUGGGGCGCCGCGGGGCUGCUGCUCACCGGCGGAGCGAUACUGUGCUGCCAGUGCCCUCAGAAAGACCAACGAGCAUUCGCCCCCAAAUACCCAGCACCGAAAUCAAACGCCUCGGAAAAAGAAUAUGUAUGAAGAACAUUUCAAACUUUUGUCUAAGUUUGCUUUUCAUUUGUAUUAUAGACAAGUUCUCUGUAAUUAACAAAAAUGUCAAAUUUUUGACAGUAUGGACUAUUAAUCCAGUGGUUUAAAUAUAACCUAAUACAUGAUUAGACAGUUUUAAUAUUAAACCUUUUUUGUUGUUGUUGUAAAAAUAGGCCUAAUUCAUAAAAGUAAAAAUAAUGAAUGAUAAUGCUGUAUUCAAUAAUUGUCAAGUCACGUUAAUUUAUGUUGCUGUUGGAAUGCAGUAUUAAUAUUACAAAUGCAGUAUUAUUAAAACAAAAAUGACGUAUUACCACCUUAGAUGAUUAACAAGUUUUCAGUUUCUGCCAUUUUGAUCAUUUAUGGGUGGGGAACAGAACUAUACAUGAUUGUCCAGAGAUUGUAUUUUU